GGUCACAGACUGUAAAACCAGUUUUUGUGUUUUGUUUUCUUCCUCUCUACAUUCUUCCAAAACUGAUAACAGAUCAGAAAACAUCCUUCCUUGUUUAUUUUUAUAUGAAUCUUGGGUGAAGGCUUUGUAAAGUUUUGGUCUUUUCGAGAGAAACAAUGUUUAAGUCAUGGAGGAACGACAAGAACAAGAUCAAAGCUGUGUUCAAGCUUCAGUUUCAGGCAACUCAGGUACCAAAGCUGAAGAAAGCAGCUUUGAUGAUCUCAUUGGUACCUGAUGAUGUUGGGAAGCCAACCUUUAAGCUGGAGAAAGCUGAGGUUAAGGAAGGGAUCUGUUCAUGGGAGAAUCCAAUCUAUGUCUCAGUGAAGCUUAUUAAAGAACCCAAAUCUGGGAUUGUUCGUGAGAAGAUUUACCACUUCGUUGUUGCAACAGGUUCUUCCAAAUCUGGAUUUCUAGGAGAAGCUUCGAUUGAUUUUGCAGAUUUUCUUACGGAAGCAGAGCCGUUGACUGUCUCGUUGCCUCUUAAAUUUGCCAACUCUGGUGCUGUCUUGAAUAUAACAAUUGAGAAGAUCCAAGGAGCAAAUGAUCCAAGACUUAUUGAGGAAAACAAAGACCAAACACUCUCCAAUGAGGAUAGCUUCAGAAGUCUACCUAGCAAUGAUGACUUGGAGGGGUAUAACCAAGAUGAAAGGAGUUUGGAUGUAAACACGGCCAAGAACGUUGGUCUAGGAGGUUCCUUUGACUCCAUUGGCGAAUCAGGGUGGAUGGAUGGUUCAGACGGGAACCCACGCUUGCCUCAACGGCACAACUCAGUUCCGGCAACCAAAAACGGGCACAGGAGGUCGAACACAGACUGGUCAGCUAGCUCAACAUCAGACGAAAGCUACGUCGAGUCAAGAAACAGCCCCGAGAACAGUUUCCAGAGAGGAUUGUCCCUUGGCACUGACUCAACCGACCCUGUCGAGAAGCUCAAGAUGGAGCUGGAAGCUUUGAGGAGGCAGUCAGAGCUAUCAGAGCUGGAGAAACAGUCUUUGAGAAAACAGGCGGUCAAGGAGAGCAAACGGAUACAAGAGCUCUCCAAGGAAGUUGGCCUUCUCAAGGAGGAAUGCGAGAAGCUCAGGGUGGAGAAGAGCAGAGACGAAGCCGAUGCCGAAAGCAGAAUGAGAUGCGUCAGCGAGGACUCGAGUAAUAUGAUCGAGGAGAUUAGAGAUGAGCUGAGCUGUGAGAGGGAUUUGACUAGUAACCUUAAGCUGCAGCUGCAGAGGACGCAGGAGUCUAACUCCAAUUUGAUCCUCGCUGUGAGGGAUCUCAAUGAGUUGUUGGAGGAGAAGAAGAAUGAGAUAUCUUCUCUGAAUAGUGCUCUAGAAGAGAUGGAUUCUGGAGACAAGGAGGGUGAAGAGAUGGAUAAGCUGAAGCAAAGAAUCGAAGAGUUAGAUUGGGAGCUGGAGUCUUACAGGAGAAAGAACGAAGAACAGGAGAUUCUUUUGGAUGAUCUGACUCGAGAGUACGAGUCCUUGAAGGAGGAAAAGCACAAGCAUGUGGAAGUCUCUGAUUCCAAGGAUGUUAUAGAAGAAUUAGAAGGGAAACUGAAGCAGCAAUCUCUGGAGUACUCUGAAUGUUUGAUUACAGUUAAUGAGCUCGAGAGUCAAGUGAAGGAGUUGAAGAAGGAAGUCGAGGAUCAAGCACGAGCGUUCGAUGAAGAUAUGGAGACAAUGAUGAGGGAGAAAACGGAGCAAGAGCAAAGAGCCAUCAAGGCAGAGGAGAAUCUGAGGAAGACGAGGUGGAAAAACGCGAUAGCUGCGGAGCGGCUUCAGGAGAAAUGCAAGAGGCUUUCUCUAGAAAUGGAGUCGAAGCUGAGCGAGCACGAGAAUCUGACAGCAAAGACUUUGGCUGAGGCCAACGAGCUUCGUGUGCAGAACAAGAAUCUAGAGGAAAUGCGAGAGAAAGAACAAAGAGAGAUCGCGCAAGAGAGAGAGGUGAAGAAGAGCGUGGAAGAGAAGAGCGAGGCUUUGUCGAUGAAAGUCCAGAUGCUUGAAGGCGAGGUCCUGAAGCUCACUAAGAUGAGGGAAGAAUCGAAUGCAGCGGCUACUGAGACGGAGAAGAUCAUACAAGAGUGGAGGAAAGAAAGAGAUGAGUUCGAGAGGAAGUUUGGUUUGGCUAAAGAAGAAGCUAAGACAGUUCAGAGAGAGUUGACUCUCAGUAAGACUUCAAACGAUGAGAAAGAGACGAGGCUUGGGAAUCUGAAGAGAGAAGUAGAAGGUCUUAGCCUGCAGUACAGUGAAUUACAGAACAGCUUUGUUCAAGAAAAAAUGGAGAAUGAAGAACUGAGGAAGCAAGUAUCAACCUUGGAAGUCGAUAUCCGGAGAAAAGAAGAGGAGAUGACUAAGAUCCUAGAUGCAAGGAUGGAAGCAAGGGCACAGGAAACUGGGCAGAAAGAGGAGAAUCUAGCGAAGCUAUCAGACGAAUUGGCUUAUUGUAAGAACAAAAACAGUUCAAUGGAGAGAGAGUUGAAGGAGAUGGAAGAGAGGUAUUCAGAGAUAAGCUUGAGAUUUGCAGAGGUUGAAGGAGAAAGACAAAAACUUGUGAUGGCUCUCAGAAACCUCAAGAACGGUAAGAAGUUUUAGUAUUCUGUAAUGCUAAUACAAUUUGUUUGUAACAUCAUAGACGAAGAAGAAUAACUAUAUGAAGUUGUGUGUUGUUAAUAGAAUUCAUUUAUCUCAUAAAACAUUUACUUUCAA